GUGCGUGCUGACUCCCGCAGCAUCUCUUGCUGUGUGGGACCAUCAUGUCACUGUGCUCGGCGGAGGGAUACGAUAACCAAUGUCAUCGCGGUGAUGAGGCUCUCGCAAAGCAAAAGAUGUCUGCCUAAGGGAAACUCGUAACUGAUAUAUAUAGAGGAUAUUUUCCCAGGUAUUGCCGUUUAAACCCACAUUUCGCUCUUUUGAGGCGUGCUGCAAGAAAGCGACACUUCACCAGAUCACCCUAGUCGGGAUUUUAGUCGGAAAAAAGGUUUCUAGAUCGCCAGGAUGAAUCCUCAGCAGCGGAUUGCCGCUCUUGGAACAGACAAGGAAUUAAGUGACCUGCUGGAUUUUAGUGCGAUGUUCUCUCCACCUGUAAGCGGAGGGAAAAACAGGCCCACCACACUUGGAAGCAGUCAGUUCAGUGCACCAGGUUUGGAUGAGCGGACCAACCAAGCAUCUUGGGCCCCAGGUGGCGAGUCCAGUCCCUCCUAUGAGUCCUCCCGGGGUUUCGCAGACAGCCCUCAUUAUGGCGAUCAUUUGAGUGACAGUCGAUUAGUGUCCCAUGAAGGAUUGUCCCCAACACCUUUUAUGAACUCGAACAUAAUGGGUAAAUCAGAGAGGGCUUCAUUUGUUGGCUAUGGGAGGGAUCCUGGAGCAUCUGGCUGUCAGUCUUCUCUGAGGCCAAACAUUGGGGUGGCGAGUCCUAGUUCAGUGACUACAUCAGGGAAGUCAGCUGUGCCGUUAUACUCCUUCACUGCAGCCAAUCCUAGAAGACGUCCUCUACAAGAUCCUCCACCCAUCGAUCCUCUACAAACAAAAAAGGUUCGCAAGGUCCCUCCUGGCCUGCCUUCAUCUGUGUACGCACCAUCUCCAAACUCAGAAGACUUCAGCAGAGAUUCACCGUCUUACUCUUCUCCUAAACCCUCCAGCAGUAUGUUUGCAAGCACUUUCUUUGAUGGUACCCACAGUUCGUCUGACCCUUGGAACCCGUCCAAUGGGAUCAGUCAGCCCGGCUAUGGGGGAAUGCUGGCAGGAUCUUCAUCUCACAUGCCGCAGUCAGGAAACUACACCAGCCUGCACUCACACGACCGUUUGAAUUACCCCGCACACUCAGUCUCUCCAGACAUCAAUGCCAGUCUUCCUCCCAUGUCCAGCUUCCGCCCAAGCAACACCAGCACUUCGCCAUUCGUCACCACAGCACACACCCCGUCCGCCAAUGCAGCCGAUGGGGUCAUGGCUGCUGCAAAUCGGGGGAACGCCACUGGAAGCUCACAGACUGGAGUUGCACUGGGGAAGGCUUUAGCCUCGAUUUACUCACCUGACCACACUAGCAGUAGUUUUCCAUCCAACCCUUCGACACCGGUGGGUUCUCCUUCACCUCUGACAGCCACAGCAGGUGCUGCCUCAGCAGGUACCGUGGUGACUGCUGCCAGCACCCCGUCUGGAAGGCCAGGUGCUAACCAGUGGCCCCGCCCGAGUGGACAGACCCCCUCCUCUCCGAAUUAUGAGAACUCCCUUCACUCACUGAAAAACAGAGUUCAUCAGCAGUUACAUGAGCAUCUCCAGGAUGCCAUGUCUUUCUUAAAGGAUGUCUGCGAGUCUCGAAUGGAAGAUCGUCUGGACAGACUGGAUGAUGCAAUCCUUGUUCUGAGAAACCAUGCAGUGGGCUCCACCGCCAGUCUGCCCAGCGACAUAAACAGUCUGCUGGGACAGGCACAAAAUGGGCCAAUAGCAGCCAUUGGAGCAAACUUCCCUGCCUCUGCAUUGGUUCCAAGUCGGGCAGCAGCAAUGGGUGGUGCCCACGCUGACGAUGCUUCCAGCCUGAACAACAGCCACGGAGGCCUGCCCAGCACCGGCUCCACAUCCACCACGGAACUCAACCACCAACUGGAAGCAUUCAGAGGUCUUACUUCAGCCCUGGCUGGCCAGUUGCCCGCCACCCUGGAGCUGAAGGUGGAGAAACAGGACAAGGAUGAGAUGCAUGACAACCUCUCCACCGAUGACAAGUCAGAUGAUGACAGCGACAGAAGAGAUAUGAGGACACCCAGAGCAGGGACACGCACGAGUUCUUUCUCCCACAGUAUCACUGAAGAUGAGGACCUGAAUCCGGAGCAGAAGGCAGAGCGUGAGCGCGAGAGGAGGAUGGCUAAUAAUGCCCGUGAACGCCUAAGGGUGCGAGACAUCAACGAGGCCUUCAAGGAGCUGGGCCGCAUGUGCCAGCUGCACCUGAAAAGCGAGAAGCCCCAGACUAAACUGCUCAUCCUCCAUCAGGCUGUGGCCGUCAUACUUAACUUGGAGCAGCAAGUCAGAGAGCGGAACUUGAACCCCAAAGCAGCCUGCCUUAAGAGAAGGGAGGAGGAAAAAGUGUCUGGUGGCUCCGGUGACACCCAACAAGCCCACACAGGGGUCCAUCCAGGCCUGACUGACACAUCUAACCCUAUGGGCCACCUCUGAGUAGCAGCCAGAUCACAGUGAUCCAGAUCAUUUCUGUCCCGCUUGAGUCGGUGACCUUGCUUCCCAGUGACAGACAGGACUCACGGUUUGUGAUACCAAUCAGAGGAGACACACCACUUGAAGCAAAACUACGAGACUAACACAAUCCAGUCCUAAGAUUGAAGAGGAGCCGAGCAUCCAGCUCCCUGUGACCAGUUUCCAUCUGCAAAUUUCUCCCCAGAAAGAAAAACCUUCAGCACAUAUUGCUGUCUGCAAGAAGUGUGUUGCUUCUGAACAAUCAGAGACUUCGCAAUCUCCUCCAACCGUAUGUGGAAAUUGCCUUGUGCCUAAACUGAAUUGACGAAUGCAUUGUAACAGCAAAUUGUUUUUGUUUGUCUGUUUCUUUUUUUUUCUAUUUAUUAUGUUAUUGAGCUAUAAAGUGUAUGUCUAAAGGGAAAGUCAGUUCAAAGAGAAGUAUGUGGCUUUUCAGUUGAUCUAUAGUUUGCCAGUGUCACCAUUAAAACUGAGCACUCCACUCUGGUAAAUCUUUGGUGAGGCCGAGAUGAGGGGAUAUAUUUGGGCACUGAGAAGAUUAAUUUAUUGGCCAGUUUAGAAUGAUAUUUAUACCCAAAUGCAAAUUAUUAUUAGCUGUUAGAAAUGAAGACAUAAGCGCCCCGUGUUUUUAAAAAAAAAAAGAGGAUAUAUUAUUUAUAUUUAUAUUUUAUUCAUUCUGCCACUGGCCACACGUGUAACCAAAACUACCUAUGUUUGUUUUUGUGUAGCUUAGAUCAGCUUCUCUGCUACUGACCAGAGGAAUAAUAGGCCCGACUACAUUAGCAUCAACAACAUUGUCUACAAAGGUGACAGACGAAUGGCAAACUCUAGGUUUACUGAAAGCUCAGAUUUAGUUGUUUUUUUUCCUCCCCUCGUUAGUGAGCAGUGAAAAUACAGAGAGCAAACUAUUUGCAAACCUUAGCAUUCCCUGCAUAUUGUUUAGUGUCUUAACUAAAGGAAAAGGGCACUUUGUCGCCCUUCGGCUCCUUAGCCAUAUAGUGUUAAAUGUAAGCGGUGACAUAUUUUUGCAGAUUCUUGUCUUUGUUUAGCCUCCUGACAGUGACAUGCUCCUGACGUCAGCACAGAAGUGGCGUCUCUUUUUUGUCAUUUUCACACCACCAGCUAAUCAGAGAUUGCUUGAUGAAGUUAAAAAAAAAAAAAAAAAAAAACAAACGACGACCACACAUUCUCCUGGCCUGAUGAACACAUCACUUAAUUUUCUUUCUGUUCAUAUCUCAAGACAUUACAAAUGCAGUUAUUGUGAGUAAAAUUUAGUUAUGCUUAUUUGUGUUGUAACAAGUCAUUUCUUUAGGCUUCCAGCAUUAUAAUGUCCAGUUUCAGUCAGCGGAGAGAACAUCUAAGUUAUUUUUUUCUAAGCCAUGAUAUACUCAGUACAACAAACCAGACUAGAUAUUUCAUGGAUUUUGUUGGAUAUCAUAGAACUGUAGCACAAUAAUGAACAAAAACAGUUGACAGGAUUUUCUUUUAUGUUUCAAGACAUUGGUCAUGGCAUUAUUUUGUUUUCCCUAUCAGUGUGCAUGCAUUACAUUUCUCCUUUUAUUAAGUCUUUGGUCUUUCGACUUGCUUUAUAUUCCAUUUGUUUCUUUGUAUAUUGUCUUCUGUCAUUAUCUACACCAUAAACAAGGCUGCCACAUUCAGAAUGAUUAUUCUGUACAAAAAAGGGACUUAAAUUAGAAUAAAAGAUGCCACACCAAGAGUUUACAUUAAAGAUUUAUGAUUUAACAACUUUGUUUUAGUCAGAAAAAAACUAAACAGUUUUUGUGUAUUCUCUGACUGAAUGUGGCCUUGUUCUUCAUUUCAGUAUUCAUGAGCUUGUAUUCAUGUUGGCAGACUUUGAUUGAAGGUAUAAUGUUUGCCACUUCCUGCUCUCUUUCCGUCAUUUUUUAAAAUUUCCUGUUUUUCCUAUAUUUCUUUGCUCCUCUGUUUGCCAAGUUAGACUUUACUGUAUUCCCAGAUGCUUUCCCUUGUAUAAUAUAUGGAGAAAAAAAAAGAAAAUCAAAAGGAAAAAAAACAUUUGGCUUAUUUUUCACUGUAGUUAGUCUUUUAUACAAUAAUACUGUAAGAAUAUUUCUUGAAUUCUAAAUAUUACUCUUUCUAGAUUUUUGAAAGCAAAAGUUUUGAGUAAAAAGUUUCUUACUUUAUUUUACUAUAUUAGAUAGUAAAAUGUACGGUUAUUUACAAUAACCUGUCCAUUAUUACAGGAAAUUUACAAAUGGCAUCACAAGAACGUACAGUAGCUGAAUUGUUGCUCAUAGUGCUUAAAAUGGCUUCGUACGAGCUCCAGAUUCCCAAAAGUGCGACCUCCAUUUUAUCCUUCAGUCUCCGUUGUUGAUUGGUAAAAGAUUUGUUUUUGUGUCAAAUGAAAAGGUAUUGUCGAUGCACAUCAAAAAAAUGCGGCAACGAGAAUUUGAAUUUUCUGUCUUUUUCAACAGAAAAACACAAUGUAUAUAACAUUUAUGUUGCAAUAAAUGUGCCAUCUUUUUUUAAACUCAAUUGUAUGUGCAUUUAUUUCUCUCACUGAGCAAACACAUUUGUUUGUUUCUUCUCCAUAUUUACAUUUUCUCCUGUCCAUAAAGUUUUAUUUUAUGAAAAGGCACAGGAAGGGUGAAGUAGGAUGAGCUCAGAAACAUGGGGAUUCAUUUAGACUUCCUUACUGUUUUUGUUUUUUUUGUUUGUUUUUUUUUAGAGACAUUUCUACAGUGGAUUUAGGCCAAAUGAGUGUUUUAUAGUAUGUAUCUAAUUUCUGAAAAUAAUACCAGUGGACCAUUGUAGACUGUAUGAAAAGUGCUAUGAAUAUAUGUUUCUAUUUUUAAUAAAGUGUGAUAGCAGCGUACUGUA